AAACACUGAUAGUUGGAGAAAUGCAAAUUAAAGCAAAUAUGACAUUCUACUUCACAUUUAUUAAAUUGGUAAAGUUUGCUAAAAAGUGACAAUGACAAAUACUGGAAGGCUUGUGGCAAAGCAGGUACAUGCUAUUAAUAGAACUGUGAAUCUGUCCAGCCAUUCUGGAAAAUAUUUUGAAACUGAGCCCAAAAAUGUAUUAAACUAUGCAUAUCCUUUCACCCAGGAAUAUCCCUAUUAGCUACAUAUGCCAAAGAGCUUUAACAAAGAGCAAAGGAUUCAUAUACAAAAUAGUUAUAGCAGCUUUUUGGGUGGAGAAUGUGACAAAGAAUUAGAAACUUCAGAGGAUACAACAAAUUAUGGUAUGUGAAUAUAAUGGAAUAUUACUAUACUAUAAGAAAUAAUUCAGGGAAAAGAUUUCUGAGCAACCUGGAGACAAAUUGAUACAAACUGUGGAGAACAGUACUAGGAGACUAAUUUAUACAAUAAAAACAUAAACAAUUUUGACAGACAUUAGAGCUUUGAUUAAUGCAAAUCAAUCAUGAUUCUAAAACACUCAUGAUGAAAUGUACUCCUCAACUCCUAACAGAGAAGUGAUAUACACUGACCAGUGAAACAUAUUGUUUCUGGAUAUAUCCAGUGGGGGAAUUUGUGUGUAACAGGGAUUUUUCUUUUCUUUUCUUUUCUUUUUUCUUAGUAGGAAGGAGGGAAUGAUUAAGGGAGAGAAGUCACAUUUUUCUUGUUUGAAAAAUCAAUUAAAUUUUUAACCUUCCUCCCCCCUCAAAAAAAAAAAAAGGGAAAGAAAAAUGUGUUCCUAUUCAUCUUAGAUAGAUAUUCCAGACCCAGUAUUUCACAUAGUCAUCAAAUACUGGUCACAUAGAGUAGGUAUAGAACUACUCACAGGAUAGUAACUAAAUCUCUUCUGAUUUUGCAGUGAGAAUGAAAAUGGGGAGGGAAGAGAGGAAAUACCAUAUUAAUUAUUACAUCUAUUGCCAGUCAUUGAGUGCUUCCUCCACUGAUGCAGAUGAAGCAAAAGCCAACAAUGUUAAAAGAAUCCAUGAAUUUUACACAAGACAAAGCAAUUGACCUCGAAGACGAGGCACAGAGAUAAUUUAAGCAUUUCCCAGAAGAAAAUACUCCUAAGAACCUUAAUUUCAUUUGGCAGGAAAUGAUACUUAAACAUGUCCAGAACUUUUAAAUAUAGAAAACAAAGUACUGUUCAAUUAGUUUCUCCUAUUACUGCCAAUGAAAAAUCCAUGCUUAAAAAUCCUAGGCAAGUACUGGUUAAAUGUCAAAAUUUCAGUAAUAAACAACAAAUUUUGCAAGUAUGUAGGAGAAAGACCUUCAGCUAUUAAGGGAUGCCAAUUCAAAUGACCUAUGAUUACCCAGUAGUCUUGGAAAUAAAGACAAAAGAAUGGAAUAGUAUGUUCCAAAAAGAAAGAAGUUAAAGCUGCUACCAAAAAUGUUCUGCACAGCUAAGCAAAAUCAUCAAGGAAAUAAAAAAUUGGAUCUUAUCAGAAAAGAAGCUUUUGAAUCAUUCUCGGAAUACAACAACAGAUGCAGCAACAACAAUAACAACAGGAAAGGUUGACCCCCUGUUCACAGUGCCAGCACCACCACCACCAAUUUCCAGUAGCAUCACGCCUCAGAUUCUGCCUUCCUACUUUUCCUCAUCUUCAUCCAAUAUUGCAGCCCCAGUUGAACAGCUUUUGGUACGAACUCGUUCAGUGGGUGUUAAUACAUGUGAAGUUGGAGUAAUAACUGAACCUGAAUGUCUGGGACCCUGUGAACCUGGAACCAGUGUGAACCUGGAAGGGAUUGUGUGGCAUGAAACAGAUGAAGGUGUCUUAGUGGUAAAUGUCACAUGGAGGAAUAAGACCUACGUGGGUACAUUGCUGGAUUGCACAAAGCAUGAUUGGGCACCUCCAAGGUUUUGUGAGUCACCAACAAGUGAUCUGGAGAUGAGAGGAGGUCGAGGAAGAGGGAAGCGAGCAAGGUCUGCAGCAACUGUACCAGGAAAUGAUGCUAGCUUUUCAGAAGCUAGAGGGCUACAGAAUAAGAACAGAGGUGGUGCUAAUGGAAAAGGGAGGAGGGGUAACCUUAACUCAAGUGGACGCAGGACACCUCCAAACUGUGCUGUUGAAGAUGUCAAAGCCAGUCCCUCUUCUACCAAUAAAAGAAAAAAUAAACCUCCCAUGGAACUGGAUUUGAACUCCAGUUCUGAGGAUAAUAAGUCUGGAAAGCGUGUUCGUACUAAUUCUAGAAGUACUCCAACCACCCCUCAGGGGAAACCAGACACUACUUUUUUGGACCAAGGUUGCUCUUCUCCAAUAUUAAUUGAUUGUCCACACCCAAACUGUAAUAAAAAGUACAAGCACAUUAAUGGACUGCGUUAUCACCAGGCUCAUGCACACUUAGACCCAGAAAGCAAACUGGAAUUUGAGCCUGAGAGUGAGGACAAAAUUUCAGAUUGUGAGGAAGCACUGAGUACUAUGACAUCUCAAUUCAAUGAGCCAAGCACAAAUAUAUCAGCAUUUGAUCCAUUAAAAGCACCAACAUCCCCUAGCUCUAUAAAUACUCCUGGAACACCCAAAGGCAAAAAAGAAUUGAUUAAUAAUGGCCCAAGUUCAAUGAUCAGUUCUAAAGCUGGCAAGAAUUCUGGCAAGAAGAAGGGCCUUAACAAUGAACUCAAUCACCUUCCAGUGAUUUCUAAUAUGGCAGCCACAUUGGAUAGUUGCUCAGUAACAGAUGGCAGUUUGACUACUGAAAUGCCCAAAUUGGAAGCAGAGGGAUUAAUAGACAAGAAAAAUGCAGGAGAUAAAGAUAAGAGCAAAAAAGCUAACAGUUGCAAAAUGGACAAAAACCUUUCAAAACUUAAAACUGCCAGGCCUAUUGCUCCUGCUCCAACUCCCACUCCUCCCCAAUUGAUAGCUAUUCCUACUGCAGCCUUUACAACUACCACUACAGGGUCAAUAUCAGGAUUGCCCUCACUCACAACCACUGUUGUUCAGGCUACACCAAAGAGUCCUCCAUUAAAACCUAUUCAACCAAAGCCCACAAUUAUGGGAGAGCCAAGCACUAUAAACCCAGCUCUCACAUCACUCAAAGACAAAAAGAAAAAGGAAAAGAGAAAGGUAAAAGAUAAAGAAAGCAAAGAAUCAGGAAGCCCUAAAAUGGAUGUGAAGCUAGGAAAGCUUGAGGACACAAAGGGGUCUGGGAAAGAUUUAUCUGGACAUUUUUUAAAGGACCAUCUCUGCAAGAAUGAAGUGCUAGCUAAUGGUCUGUCAGAAUCUCAAGAGAGCAGGAUGGCAAGUAUUAAAGCUGAAGCUGAUAAGGUUUACACUUUUACAGACAAUGCACCCAGCCCUUCUAUAGGGAGUGCUUCUAGAAUGGAAUGUAACCCUUUGGUGAAUGGACAGUCUCCUAUGCCACCAUUGCAUGUGCUGACACAAAAUGGGACAGAAAAUUCAGCUACUAAAACAAAUAGCCCUGCUUAUUCUGAUAUAUCUGAUGCUGCUGAGGAUGGUGGUUCUGACAGCAGGUCAGAGGGCAUGAGGUCAAAGGCCAGUUCACCUUCUGAUAUUAUUUCUAGUAAGGACAGUGUUGUAAAAGGGCAUUCUUCAGCUACAGCACAAUCAUCCCAAGUGAAAGAGCCCCAUUCUCCCUAUUACCAUGGCUACGAUACCUAUUAUUCUCCAAGUUAUAUGCACUCAGGCCAAGUCAGCACCCCUGCAGCUGGGAACAGUAUUUACACACAGGGAAUGAAGAUCAAAAAGGAAUCUGAGGAAGAAAUGGAAAGAAAAGACAAGGCAGAGCCAUUAGAUUCUAAGAAAAUGGAAAACAAUUCUAAUUUACCACCUCAACAUCAGUCAGUAAUAACUCAAAGACAUCCUGCACUUGCCCAGUCACUUUAUUAUGGACAGUAUGCCUAUGGUCUCUAUAUGGACCAGAAAUCCUUAAUAGCCACUAACCCUGCUUACAGACAGCAGUAUGAGAAAUAUUAUGAGGACCAGAGGUUGGCAGAACAGAAAAUAGCUCAAACUGGAAGAGACUGUGAGAGAAAAAAUGAACUCCCUUUGAAAGAACUGGGCAAGGAGGACAGUAAACAGAAAAAUAUCCCAUCUGCUACCAUCUCUAAAGCUCCUACUACUCCAGAGCCUAACAAAAACAAUACUAAACUUGGGCCAUCAUUACCUAGUAAAACUGAGGAGACAGGUAAAUCACAGAUUCUGUCCAAUCAUCAGCAGCAGCUUCAGUCCGACAGCUUCAAAGCUAAGCAGAUGGAAAACCACCAGCUUAUUAAGGAGGCAGUAGAAAUGAAAUCUGUCAUGGAUUCCAUGAAGCAUACAGGUGUAGACCCAACCACAAGAUUUAAACAAGAUCCAGAUUCAAGGACAUGGCACCAUUAUGUCUACCAAUCUAAAUACCUCGAUCAGCAAAAAUCAGAAGAGCUUGAUAGAGAAAAAAAGUUAAAGGAGGAUAGCCCAAGGAAAACACCUAAUAAAGAUAGUAUGAUACCUGGCCUCCCUGUGUCAUUAACAAGUAUCAAAGAAGAACCCAAAGAAGCUAAGCAUCCUGAUUCUCAGUCACUAGAAGAGAAUAAGAUAAAAAAUGAUGAUCGAAAGACUCCUGUAAACUGGAAGGACUCACGAGGAGCCAGAGUGACUGUCUCCUCUCCAAUGAGUCAACAUCAGUCAUACAUACAGUAUUUGCAUGCUUAUCCUUAUCCACAGAUGUAUGAUCCCAGUCAUCCUGCAUACAGAGCUGUCUCUCCUGUCCUAAUGCACAGCUAUCCUGGGGCCUAUCUCUCUCCAGGAUUUCAUUAUCCUGUUUAUGGGAAGAUGUCAGGGAGAGAAGAGGCGGAAAAAGUCAAUACCAGCCCUAGCAUCAGCACGAAAACAGCCACUGAAUCUAAAGCACUGGAUUUGCUUCAGCAGCAUGCCAACCAGUACCGCAGCAAGUCCCCUGCUCCCAUAGAAAAGACUGUAGCUGAACGUGAGCGGGAAGCAGAGAGAGAACGAGAUCGUCACUCCCCCUUUAGUCAACGUCAUCUACAUACUCAUCAUCACACACAUGUUGGAAUGGGCUAUCCAUUAAUACCGGGUCAGUAUGACCCCUUCCAAGGGUUAACCUCUGCUGCCCUUGUGGCUACUCAGCAGGUGGCUGCUCAAGCUUCUGCAUCUGGUAUGUUUCCUGCACAGAGAAGAGAGUGAAAACAUUGGAAAUGUACACUGUCAUGUGAUUGGAUCACAUGGAGAAGCGCUUUAUUACAGACAUCAGUUCCAUGGUGUUAAUUUGAAAUGCCU